AGUGAAGAGGCAUCCUGUGGCCCUCGUUUUGGUGAACUGCACCAUAGGCUGCUACGGGGGGGCUGGUCGCCCCCAGCUGAUGCAUGACGGCUUCUGUUCCUGUUGCUGUGUCAUAAAUGGAAAAGUCAGAUGUGCACUUCCGAAGUUUCUUUCUUUAAUGCACAUUUCCAAUAUGGUCUAAUGUACUUUCAGAAUUAAACAAAUUAUAUGUACUUGAAGUUUCACUCUUUUAAAGGUGUGGCCCUUAUUUUUAGAAUGACAUUUAAAUUAUCUGGUUGUUUUAUUUUCUGCUUGAUUUUCUCUGGACCAGUGGCUAAAGACAUAACAGAAGAGAAAAAUGUGCAUACUUAAGCUUGGAUGUGCAGUAUUUCUUUAGUGAAAGCAGUGAUGGUUCCCAGUGUUAUUUUAUAGUGUGUUCAGCAUUGUUUUAUUGUAGCAUUAUGUAGCAUUAAAUUAUCCAUCCAUUUGCCAAACCGCUUAUCCUACUGGGCUGUAGGGAGUCCAGAGCCUAUCCUGGAAGCAAUGGGCAUGAGGCAGGGAACAGCCCAGGAUAGGGGGCCAGCCCAUCACAGGGCACACUCACACACCAUUCACUCGCACAUGCACACCUACGGGCAAUUUAGCAACUCCAAUUAGCCUGAGCAUGUCUUUGGACUGUGCGGGGAAACUGGAGUACCCGGAGGAAACCCCACGACAACAUGGGGAGAACAUGCAAACUCCACACACAUGUAACCCAGGUGGAGACUCGAACCCGGGUCCCAGAGGUGUGAGGUAGCAGUGCUAACCAAUGCACCACCAUGCUGCCCCCUUUUAAAUUACUUUUAAAUUAAAGUAAAAAUAUGUUUUUUAUUUCUUAACUUUUUCGUUAUUUGAUAGUUUUUUAGUGUUUUAUUACCUAUGUUUGCACCUCAAGAUGUUUGAAAAAUGGGAUUUUAUUGUAUUUUACAAUGUCUCCGUACUACUUAUUCAGAUUACCUAACCUGGGUUUUUUUUUACUAUUUCUUUUCUUUACUGCAUGUUGACUCUAAGAGCUUCGCACAAAAAUUCCUAUGUACCCGUACUCUCUGUGCGUGUACAAAUGUCAAAUAAGACAAUCUUAAAGCUGAACAGUAUUAAAUCAGUAAGAUGUCAGAAUGUACAUUUUGAAUAGCUACACUGGGCGUCACUGUUGACCGCAAAACGGAGUGUUUUGGGAAUGGAUUUUCUGGGACUCCUCCCUCAGUGCUGCGCCUGUCAUGUACUGAAGCUUUUGUUGUAAUUUGUAAUCAGUCAGCUAACAUGCUCUGUGUUUGUAUAUUGGAUCAAAUGCGAAAUUGUACGUAAUUAUUAAGCGACUGCCUUCUGCAUUCCUAAUAUACCUGCUGAAAUGCUGAUGCCCCUUAUUACACGGUAACAGCGAUGGGCGUUUUUAACAAAAGGACUACGGCUUGGGCGCAGUUUGUCGUGCUUCUUAGCUUACUGGAUCCAAACCUCGGUCAGAUUGUAUAUUCGGUCUCAGAAGAGGUAAACCAGGGAACGGUUGUUGGGAAUAUUGCCAAGGAUUUGAAUCUGAAUGUUCAGGAACUGGAGUCGCGUAUGUUUCAGAUUGUGUCGGGACCUCAUAAAAAAUAUUUCGAGGUAAAUGCUAAAACCGGUUUAUUCGUUGUGAGUGAUCGAAUUGACAGAGAGGAGCUGUGUCUUGAUACCCCGAAAUGUUCUCUCAAAUUAGAAGCGAUUGCACACAAUCCAUUAAAUUUUUAUCGUAUCGAGGUAAAUAUUUUAGAUGUGAAUGAUAAUGCUCCCGCCUUUCCUGCCGAAGGUCAGACUUUAAAUAUUAUUGAAAACGCCUUUCUUGGGGACAGAUUUCCACUUCCAUUGGCGGGUGACGUAGACGUGGGUAGUAAUGCGGUAAAAACCUAUAAACUCAGUACUAACGAACAUUUUUCUUUGGAUGUACAAAGCGGUGGCGAACAGAGUUUAUCUGCGGAGUUAAUACUACAGAAAGCUUUAGACAGAGAGAGACAGUCUGUGAUUCAGCUCCUGCUGACUGCUGUCGAUGGGGGAAAGCCUCCUAGGUCCGGGACAUUGCAAAUUACGAUUAAUGUGGUGGAUAGUAAUGACAAUAAUCCGGUGUUUUCACAAACACUUUACAAGGUUCGGGUGUCUGAAAAUGUUCCUCGGGGGACGACAAUUGUUACUCUUAAUGCUACGGAUUUAGAUGAAGGGGUCAAUAGUGAAAUUGUGUAUUCAUUUCUAAAACAUGCUCAUUUCAAAGCAUCUGAAAUAUUUGCCAUUAAUCCAGAUACUGGUGAUAUCUUCAUUAAUGGUACUGUUGAUCACGAGGAAAAUGCUGCCUUUGAAUUACGGGUACAAGCUAAAGAUAAGGGCCACUUACCUCGGAGCACACACUGUAAAGUUCUAAUUGAAGUUAUUGACGUGAAUGAUAACGCUCCCGAGAUAUCAGUGACCUCUCUAACUAACACUGUUAGAGAGGACGCCAAAAUUGGAACUGCAAUUACUUCAAUUGUAGUAUCAGACAGAGACGGAGGUAAAAAUGGAGUUGUGAAUUGUCACAUCGAAGAAUCUACUUCGUUUAACUUGCAGUCUUCCUACAAGAAUUAUUAUUCUUUGGUAGUUGACGGGCCGCUGGAUAGAGAGACAGUGUCUCAGUACAACGUCACCAUUACAGCGACUGAUGAAGGAACUCCGCCUCUCUCUGUCACAAAAAUUAUUACAGUGUACGUUUCUGACGUAAACGACAACGCACCGAGAUUUUCAGAUUCGCAGCUCAAUGUAUUUUUUAAAGAGAGCAACCCAGUUGGGUCUCAUAUUUUAACUGUGUUUGCGUUCGACGCUGAUGCCCAAGAAAACGCUCAAGUUACGUAUUCAUUGUUGAAGAGCAACAACAAAGAAGUUCUGACUAAUCCCACAGUCAGCAUCAACUCUGCAACUGGGGAUAUAUCCAGCUUGCGGAUCUUUGACUAUGAGGAUGUAAAAAACUUCCGAUUUUGCGUUCAGGCAACAGACUCUGGUGUCCCUCCUCUAAGCAGUAAUGUGACUGUGAACCUUUUCAUAUUGGACGUGAACGACAACAGUCCUCAGAUUCUCCCGCCCUACUCUGAUCCAGUCUCUGUAAAUACUGAAAGAAUUUCCUACUUCGUGGAAUCAGGCUACUUUGUGGCCAAGAUCAGGGCUGUGGACGCUGACUCGGGUUAUAAUGCUCUACUUUCUUAUCACAUCGCAGAAUCCAAGGAAAACAAUCUUUUCAGAAUUGGAACCAGUACAGGGGAGAUUAGAACCAGAAGGCGAAUGAGUGACAAUGACUUGAGAAUCCACCCACUGGUCAUUUUGGUUUCUGACAGCGGAGAUCCUUCUCUGUCAUCGACGGUUUCUAUCGAUGUUGCGGUUGUUGAAAGUACUGGGGAAGUCCGGACUCAGUUUAAAGAACGGCCAAAGAAGGACAACGGCUUUUCUGUUUUAAAUCUGUACUUGGUCAUUGCUAUUGUGUCUGUGUCGGUGGUAUUUUUAGUGAGUCUCCUCAGCUUAAUAGCUAUUAAAUGUCACAGGACAAAUGGAACUUUCAACAAAUACGAUGCCUCAAUGAUCACCGCACACCCUGACGGAAGCUGGUCUUACUCUAAAUCUACGCAGCAGUAUGACGUGUGUUUUAGUUCAGACACGUUGAAGAGUGAUGUGGUUGUUUUCCCCACAUCAUGUGCGCUCGCAGAAGCCGAUGGGAUCAGUGUUAAUGAAGCAGAUACUUUUAAACGGAACCAAACGCUACCUAAGACUGAGAAGCCAAAGCCUCCAAGUGCAGAUUGGAGAUACUCGGCCUCCUUAAGGGCGGGAGUGAAAAGUUCUGUCCACAUGGAAGAGUCCUCAGUCCUGCAGGGAGCUCAUGGUGUUCUGGUCCAGAACUGGCCCACUGUAUCCAGCGGAAGUGGAGAUGCUGAGGGGGGUGAAGUGUCCCCUUCAGUUGGUGCCGGGAUGAACACUAACAGCUGGCACUUCCGCUACGGUCCUGGCCCCGGUGUCCCCCAACACAUGAAGCCUGGCGAGGUUCCUGAAGCCUUCCUCAUCCCCGGGUCCGGCGCCAUCAUCUCCAUUCGCCCGGACCAGGUGGACGACAAGAAGGAUGAGGCCAAGAAGAAAAAGAAGAAGAAGAAGGGCAAGGAAAAGAAGGAGAAAGGGAAAGAUGAUACAGAGCAGUAAGGAAGGUGUGUCUUUAAGCACAGCCAACAAAAGCCCCAACAGCAAGACAAAAAAAAUAGAAGCAAAGAGAAUCGAAAUUAAAAGUAAAAACAAACUGCUUCCUCUUUAGCAAUUCUGCGUUCACCAGCGCUUCAGUUAAGCUAGUUUGGGGCAUGUUGUCAAACAGAUCGCAGAUCAUCCUAGAUCCACCACCGCGGCAUAACACCUUCCCCUGUAACAUGAUUCUUCCUUGAUAAGUAGAGGUCAUUACUGAUGAGCACCUUUGUUGGGUGAAGCACAUAUUCCUCAUUCAGAGGAACCUGGAGUCCAAGUUGUUACAGCAGCUCAAUUGCAAUGGCUCUCCAGAACUUCAGGAAGUCUCUUCUAUGCUGGCGAUCAUGUCAUAUUCGCAUUAAGGGAGUGCAUAUCUGGCAAACAGCUGCCUCCUAUCUCUUGAAAGAUAAUCAUUUGUGCAAAAAAAUAGGAAGAAUGAAAGAUUGAAUAAGAGUUAUUGGUAAUUUGUGUGAUUUUUCUGCAUAGUAACGAAACAGAACUGGCACAAAUAAAUUUCUUGUCACUAUCAGUAUUUAAGGUGAUAAAAAAAAUGCGUUCAACUCAACAUAGAGAGUCCUAUUAUACACAAACCCUAAUCCUAACCUAUGCCAACUACCCAGUAGCGAUCUAUGAUAGUCACCCAUCCUACAUGAAUCAAUAUCCAAACUGACCUCCGUGAAUUGAGUCAGCUUCCAUUUUACACCCUCCCUUCAUUACCUUUUCUCCAGUAGCACGAUGUUCCUGCCACAGAAACAAACCACACCUGAACUAUACCGACUUUACACCCAGAAUACAUUUAUCCUGCAUUAACUGUACACUAAACCUUUCCUACAAUAAGCUAGAUUCCUUCUUACCUAAACAAGUGCUGAAUAUUUCGACUGGACUCCAGCUACACACCACCUGUCUUUAGUCAAUUGGAUCCUGUUGGACACAGGCAGCGGUAAAAAUGCCAAAAAACGACCACGACACAAAUGCCUUCUCUGGCUCAAUCUUCCAGGAAGGGGGGAUAUGCCACUCUUUUGCGGUGAGGGGACAUUAACAGCCUUGUAGAAGGGAAGUUUCUAGUUAGAUUUUUACUCAACAUUUUUUGUGGAAACAAAGUAUUUUAAAAAAUGUCAGUAAUAAAAAUCCAAGGAAGUGACCAGAAGAUUUCUUUUGUCUUAGGAUGAUGGAAAAUCAAGUCUAACUUAACAAAGCCCGUGGCCAUUUUGUGGGCUUUGGGUGUGGUGUAAACUAAGAAUGUUGCUCCUGUCUCUAUGUCUGCGGUACUCAUCUGAUUCCUGCUUAUGCUUGAAGUGUUCAGUAAUAAUUCCUCUCAUAGCUGCUUAAUCUCUCUUUGAACGCUUUCCCUUCUCUCUGGCUGUUCGGCUGCCGUUUAGGGCUUGUUUGAUUAGCAGGCUAGAGGCAGCCUCCCCCCUUGGACACCUGGUCACUUUCCCGAGUGCUUCUCUCUCCCACCUGCCCCCUCACGUGACAGACACUUCCUGGGAGAGGGAGAACAAGCCAGCCGUUGUGGCCACAGGAAACCAACGCUUCACUGAGGGUGCUCUCAGCGUGGUGCGCUAAUGUUACAAGUGUUCUGGAGAGGGCUGUACACCUAUAUAUGUCACCAUAGCAGGUCCUGUAACUAUGCGGACUAUGCUAAUCAUGCCCUGUUUCUCAGGGCAAGGCCUCUCCAAGGGAGCAGUUAUGUCUGGCAUUACUUGCACAUGAGAAGGAUAACAGCAGGGGGCAGAACUGCCAGUUUGAAGGACAGUGUAUUUGCUAAUUAAGACUUGUUAACCUUUUAUCCACUAUCCUCAAGCACGGCCUCUUUUGUAAAUCUGUUUUUUGAUCUGCUCCCACAAAUAGAAGGGACAAUGUUUCUGCCUGUGAUGACCACUCCCACAAUGGGAUGAGACGUGCGUGUGUCCUGCAGCUAUUGGUUUGCAUCUCCAGUGUGCUUGCAGACACUCCCAGAUUUCACAGAUCAGUCCUGUCACAUGACUAUGUGGCUCUUGCAUGUUGUAAUCAAAGAAAACACAUAAUAUAGCGGUAUAUAUAGAAAGAGAUAGCGCUGGUUUUUAUUGGAAAUUACUGGGUUAAUUCCCUCCUCCCCGUUACUCAAUGGACAGGUACAUGUAUGUAUUGUCUUCUGAACAAUGUCUACAUAUUACACACACAGGAAUCAUGUAGUGUUUCUCUGACUGAUUUCAACUAACUUAGAUAUAUGUAUGCUGUAGAAUGAUGCCCUCAAACGCAUUGUUAUUUUUUUUUAAUAAUCAUUUUAAUUUGCUUUGAGAAUAAAAGGAAGAGGCUCAUUUUGUGUUUUUUGACAUGAUGAUCUUACUAACACUGUAACGUGUAACUUUACUAUGUAUGCGCUUAUAAAACCUGCCUUUCUCUUCCCUUUUGGAAAACAAAAUAAAACAAAAAAAAACAAAAUGGUAAACAAUGUAUAUGUAAUGUAUGCUAGUGUGUAGUGAACACCUCUGCCAUGCUGCUUGGUGUAUAUACCCAUAUAUGGCAGUGCCAUCUAUCUUGUGGCCGUGCGGGACAGGCGUUUACCCUUCCUGUACACCUGCUCAUCAGCUGUAACGGUGCUGUAGUGACUUUUUAUUUUAAUGGACACUGUGGUAAUGUGUGUUGUUUAUAAAUCACAAAUAAAGUUCUUUUCUUAAAUAUCUGACGGAAA